UUAUCGCUUCGCUACUUCCUACUUCCUCUCUGCAGCACUUGUGUCGUAUUGUGGUGUCGCUAGUUGUUGAAACGCUUCCACAGAGUUGAGAUUUGUAUCAGUGUGGAUUAAUAUCAAGUUUUGUGUCUUUUCCACUGCUUUGCUGUACUUGAAACUGGUUAGUGCAAGGCAUUUUCACGAAGUAUAACAGUUCUGAAGCCAGUUGUUGAUUCUUGUUUAGAGCACUGCCAACAACAAGUGAAAGGAAAAUGGCGCUCGGGAGCUGCUACACAUGCAUCAAGUAUCUUAUGUUCGCCUUCAACUUCAUAUUUUGGUUGUUAGGCUGCGCCAUCUUAGGUGUGGGAAUCUGGCUGAGGGUAGAUGAGGGAGCGGCAGAAUUCAUGCAUGAGUCCUCGAAGAUUGACAUGUUCUACACGUUAGCCUACGUUCUCAUGGCCAUUGGCUUCCUCAUCAUGCUCAUCGGCUUCCUGGGCUGCUGCGGAGCCAUCAGAGAGAGCCAAUGCAUGCUUGCUUUGUUCUUCAUGUUCCUCUUCGUCAUUUUUGCUACUUUGCUUGGAUUUGGAAUCUGGGCAGCUGUGGCAAAGUCCUCGUUCAAGGACAUGACAGCGGACAUGCUCAAGGAUGGCGUUGAGAACUACUACAAGGACGAAAAGUCUCAGACCUUCAUGGACUCGAUCCAGACUUACUUCGGCUGCUGCGGAGCGACGCUGGGCAACGAGGACUACAAGGUGGUCGAGGAUAUCCCCGGUACCUGCGACCCCGAUAAUUAUCGCAAGCCCUGCCAGAGCCAAUUCUACGAGUGGAUUGAGAGCAAGCUGGUGAUUGUGGCUGGUGUCGCCAUCGGAAUCGCCGUAGUCAUG